GGCAGGGGCAGCAGCCGGAUGGGGGCCGAGGGCGGGCGCCGGCGCCGGGGCAGCGGGAGGUGAAGGUGGUGGUCAUGGACGAGCCUGCGGCGGCCGUGUCGAGGCUGCAGGCGCAGCGGCCCGUGGCGCCGCUGCAGGUCACCACGCAGGCGCCGCCGCCGCCCAUGUCGGUGACCUCCGGCGGCGAGGACCCGCCGCCGCCCGCGGCGGCCUACCCGCCGCUCAUGCAGCAGACCCCACCACAGCCACUGGCGUCGCUCAACUCGCGCGUGUACACCAACCAGAUCACGCUGUGCCUCUUCCUGCUGCAGCUGGCGGCGGCGGGGCUUGCCGUCGGCUUCUUCGUGUACCGGGCCGUCAAGGACAUCGUGCAGGACCCGCGGUCCCGCAAUGCGCGGCGCGAGCAGAGCCUGCUCCGCCAGUGGCUGCCCCCCGUGGAGGGCGCCGUGGCGCUCAGCAUUCUGCUGGCGUUCGCGUGGCAGAAGGCGGUGCGCGCGUGGCCGCGCGCCAUGGUGACCGUCAUCCUCUGGUCGGCCUUCGGCGUCACGCUCGCCGUCGGCUCCCUGCUCAUGUGCUUCUCCAUGCCGGCCACCGUGGGGCUCGGCGUGGCCUUGGUGGUGUUCUCCAUCGGCACCGGGCUGUACGCGUGCUGGGUGACCCGCCGCGUCGGGUUCACGGCGCGGGUGUUCGAGAAGGCGGUGCAGCCCGUGGACAAGUUCCGCGGCCUCAACGGGCCGGCGUACCUCAUGGUGGCCGCCGGGUUCGUGUGGAUCUCCGUGUGGUGCGUGGCCGUCAUCGGCGCCGUCAACUUCCGGUUCCCCGGCCUGACCAUCCUGGCGCUGGUGGUGAGCCUGGCGUGGACCGCCGAGGUGAUGCGCAACGUGGCGAACCUGACGGCCAGCCGGGUGAUCGCGCUCUACUACCUCCGCGGCAUGCAGUCCAGCGUGCAGUUCAGCUUCCAGCGCGCGCUGUCGUACAACCUCGGCAGCGCCUGCCUCGGCUCGCUCUUCGUGCCCACCAUCGAGGCCCUCCGCAUCCUCGCCCGCGGGCUCAACCUGCUGGAGGGCGAGGACGAGUUCAUGUUCUCCUGCGCGCACUGCUGCCUCAACGUCAUGAACGCCGUGUUCGAGUUCGGCAACAGCUGGGCAUUCGUCCAUAUCGCGGCGUACGGGAGGGGGUUCGUGCAGGCGUCGCGGAGCACGUGGAACCAGUUCGAGGGGCAGCCGGGGAUGCCGGCGCUGGCGGACGCGGACAUCACGAGCUCAGUGUGCUUCCUGACGGGGGUGACCAGCGGCGCGCUGUGCGUGGCGCUGGCCGGGUCGUGGACCUUCGUGACGCACAAGCACUACACGGCCACGGUGUCGCUCAUGGCGUUCUACGUGGGGUACCUGAUGACCCGGAUCGGCAUGGCGCUGCCGCAGGCGUGCGUGGGCUGCUACUACGUGUGCUACGCCGAGAACCCCCGCUCCCGGCUCUUCGAGGACAGCCCCAUAGGGGAGCGGCUGAAUAAGAUGGAGGAGGACGGGCAGGACGCCGUCGGGGUCGCGCCCACCCCGCGGUUCCCGCACCAGCACGUCAGCGCCGCCUGACCCCGGCCGCCGCCGCCGCCGCCGUGUACAGGCAAGAACAUGUUGGCCCAAGAACCGGAUCGUGCGAUGUCAUUCCAUAGCUGCUGGUGCUGGCCGAGUUGACCGGCGGCGGCGUCGCGUGAAAGGAAGGCAACCGGAGAAGGAUGAUCGGAGGAGGGAUGUCGUAUGACCCAUGCAGCGAGUCGUAGUACUCACGCUGUCGAGCCUUAUGGACUGAGGAGCAUGGGUUGAUGUUGUCCUCUGGUGUCUAAAAUAGUACUAGGGCCAACUCUUUUUGACUUUUCUGUAAAUUCCUCCAUUUUUUUGGGCAUGUGUUUUCAGCUGUUAUUAGUGGUAGCAGAAGCCUGGGCAUUUCAUCUUUCAGGUAUAUUUAUUUAUUCGUCUAGCAAAAACUGUCACCGUGAUUACAAGGAUGGCAUGUGAAUAUUUUCUUGUAAGAUCAUCUUUUUAGUGUGUUCAUCAGAUGGCAAGCGGGGGUGUUGGCUGA